AUGGCCGGUGACAAGGACAAUGUCAUCGAAGUCUCCUGGUGCCGCCAUUUGCUGGAUCACGCCGAGCAGGACUACAUGAGCAUGAUCAACAGCUUGCUGAUCGAGAACAAGCAGCUGGAGGAGCUUUUGCUUCUCAUGUCCCAGCACCUUGAUAACCUCGCUGCGAACUUUGUCGGGAAAGACCUCGAAGGCCCAGAGGCCGCGGCAGCCGCGCGCGAGGCCAUGGUGCAGCUGAGCCCCCGCCUCGAGGAGCUCUUCGACGAACGGCGCGAGCUGCAGACGCUGCGGCAAGAGCGGGCGAUGCUGCAGAAGCAAGUCUGCGAGGAGAAGAUGGAGUCCGAGGAGCUUCAAAGAAAGCUGGAGUUGGCUCUGGAGGAAGCUUCUGCAUCCGUGAUUUCGGAUCUGAGGUCCGAGAACGGAGACGAGACGUCCCUACACGAUCGCCUCCGCACAGCGGAGGCCUCCCGCGCCCAGGAGGCCCGCAAUCGCGAGUUGACCGAGGUGCGCUGUGCGCUCGUCCAGCGCCGCUGCUGCAGCACCGUUGCACGGUUGGAAGCUGAGCUCCGUGAGGUCCGCGCGCAGUCGGUGAGUACGCCUUGUCGCAAGAGUGAAAGCGGUUCCUUGCGCGAUGGCUUGGAGUCCGCCGGGCACACGCCGUUGAGGGAAGAGGUCCAGGCUCUUACCGAUCAGAUGGAUUUUGAGCGAGACCUCCACGACCGCCGGCGCGCCCUGUUAGAGCGCUACAGCUCGCCAGAGAAGGUGGCCACGGCUGUCGCCGAGGAGUUGGACACGUUGCUUCUUUUGGCGAGUUGGGCUUCAGGAAUGAAGCUCAAGUUCAAGUUCACUUUCAUCGAUGUCGAGGAGCCGUCGCCGAGUCUCAGGCGUUGCGCCAGCAUGCCGGCAACGUCGACGUAUCAUCGGAGCACGGCUGAAUGCGAGAACGACUACCUGGCAGGGCUCCUGCAGGAGGCCCGGAAUCUCCCCAUCCCGCAGGCUGAGAUCGCCUCUGACCCAAUGCCGGCUCCGGAAGACCUUGAGGUGGCUUGUGACGAAGCAGAUGCAGCCGGAAGCCUCGGGCAUCCUUAUUUCUGCCGCCGCCCUUGUGUCUUACUGGCUUUGGGCCAUUGCCGAAAGGGAAUGGCUUGCAAGUACUGCCAUCAUGCCCACGACAACAAGAAGCAGCAAUCAUUUACGAAGCACGUUCGUGAUAAGAUCAACCGCAUGAAGGGAUCUGCGAAAUUGUGGUUGCUUCGUGAUAGCUUGCUCCUAAAGAUGCGGAAAGUUCCAGAGUUAGCUUCACAACUCACAGGGCUCGUCGACAUCAUCGAGGAAGGGCUACGCCAUGAAGACACAAAGUCGUCAGAAUCCGGAGGCUCGCGACUUCACGAGAAGGUCGCUGUCAUUUCUGUGGCAGCCAUGCUGGGUGACAUGUUCACCCGGAACAUUGAGCCGGACAUUCAGCGUCGCCUACAGGAAGAGCUCCGACGCCUCCGCUUUGAAGCCUGA